UGCGCAGAAGGAAGAGAACUCACAGAUCCGCAAGUGUUGCUUGCUUGGUUCAGUUGUUUCCUGGCUUCCAUCCUCUUCUCCUCCCUAUAUAAACCAAAGCGCCCAUCCCCGCCCCCUCCAUAGGAAGAGCCGUUCCCUUCCCUCCUCGCUAUCACAGCCAUCAACACACACUGUCCCUUCUGAGACUCCAAGAAAGCUCACAGCUUUCCUAAGCAACCCGACCAACAAAGCAAAACCCAUUUCUCCUUCUUCUUCUCCUCCUCAUCAUUUAAAGCUCAAUCUCACUCCCCAUUCCCCAGCCUAGCAGCCAUGAUUUCUUCAGUGAGGCAGAGCAUUCUCUCCUCCCCUUUCUCUGCCCAAAAGCACCGAUUCUCCCCCCUGCCCGCCAUCAGGAAUGCCCACACCAACAACAAGACCAGCAGCAACCUCAGUUUCCUCAAAUCCCAGCCCCUGUCUCCCCAGAAACCCAUCUGUGUCUCCUCCGUCGAGACGCUCUCGGCCACGGUUCUGGAACCCGGGAAGCCCCGGGUAGAGACCAGGGCCUACGAGGCGGCCGACCGGCCGCUGGAGAUCAGCAUUGAGCUGCCCGACGAGCAGGCCGCCCAGAGGAUCAAGAUUGGCAUCUACUUCGCCACAUGGUGGGCCCUCAAUGUGGUGUUCAACAUCUACAACAAGAAGGUGCUGAAUGCCUUCCCUUACCCGUGGCUCACUUCUACCCUCUCGCUCGCGGCCGGGUCCCUCAUGAUGCUCGUGUCGUGGGCCACCCGCGUCGCCGAGGCCCCGAAGGUCGAUCUCGAGUUCUGGAAGAUGUUAUUGCCGGUGGCAGUGGCCCACACGAUCGGCCAUGUGGCGGCGACUGUGAGCAUGUCGAAGGUGGCAGUAUCCUUCACCCACAUCAUCAAGAGCGGUGAGCCUGCCUUCAGUGUCCUCGUAUCAAGCCUGUUGCUGGGCGAGGCAUUUCCUCUGCCUGUUUACCUGUCUCUCCUGCCCAUCAUUGGAGGCUGCGCUCUUGCUGCUAUAACCGAGCUCAAUUUCAACAUGAUUGGUUUCAUGGGGGCUAUGAUAUCGAACUUGGCUUUUGUGUUCCGCAACAUAUUCUCUAAGAAAGGCAUGAAGGGAAAAUCAGUCAGCGGCAUGAACUACUAUGCUUGCCUCUCAAUGUUGUCUCUAUUGAUCCUCACUCCUUUUGCGAUUGCCGUGGAGGGCCCACAAGUGUGGGCUGCGGGUUGGCAGAAAGCUGUCUCUCAGAUCGGGCCAAACUUUGUGUGGUGGGUCGUGGCCCAGAGUGUGUUCUACCACCUCUACAACCAGGUCUCCUACAUGUCUCUUGAUCAGAUCUCUCCCCUCACAUUCAGCAUCGGGAACACGAUGAAGAGAAUUUCGGUGAUCGUGUCUUCCAUCAUAAUCUUCCACACGCCGGUUCAGCCCGUGAAUGCACUGGGAGCUGCCAUUGCAAUCCUUGGCACCUUCCUCUACUCUCGGGCUAAACAGUGAAAGCAGUCUCUUCACCAGUUGAUGAUACAUGAUGAUGAUGAUGCUGCUGCUGCUGAUGCGAAGAGCUUACUAUAAUGGAGGGAUUUUAUUUUUGAUCAAAUGCUGAAAGUGGAAGUAACUAAUCAUGGGCUCAACGACUGACGUGGCUCCAAAUUUGUCGAACUUACAAGCUUAUCUUCUUUCUUGUACGGCGGUGGAAUUCGGCAUACAGGCAACUGGCGGAUGAAAGGGAGAGGCACGGAUAGUAUUUUCGAAUUUUUGGGUGUUAGUGGAUUGGAUUUUAUUUUUUUUCUUUUGUGUAUAGGCGGGAUUUUAUUUCUAAGGCCUGUAAAAGGGGAAUUAUAAAAUAAUAUGAUAAUAAAAUUACCUUUUUUCUCCUUGAUCA